AUGUUAUUAGGUAUACUCAUCGCACUUGUUAUGACCAUUCUCAAAUACUGCGCCAUUCAUCCUCUAGGAAAGAAAACACGAAGGGGACUCAAAGAAUUUUUUAAGCACUUCGAUCUUAUUGGCGAAGGCGAUUUGUGGAUAGGUGGUAUAGUUAGUUUUGCUAUUCUUAUCCUAGUUAUAUUCGCCUAUGUGUUCAGUAAUGGCUACUUUUAUCGUUAUCCCAUCGAAGAAAUCAGUGGUAAUGCUACAUUUGCUUGUGAUCUAACCUUAUCGAACGCUCAAUUCAGUACCCGUUUGAUGUCUCUGGUGGUUCCUCCAAAAGCCGAUGAAUUAUCCAUAUUUGAACUUCUCAACGCUCAGCUAUUUACACUGCAUGUUGACUUUGUCAAUACACUUUUUUCAUGCGCGGAUGUGACCCUAACACAAAUCAAGGACGUAAAUCUACCUCUCCCCAUUUCGUCCUGUAAUAACAGCGAUGGCAGCUUAUCACUUGCAGCUACUUUACCAUCACAUGGUGUGAAUUUACAGUUUCUGCUCGCUGGUAUCAACACUAUCGGUGGUGUUCGUCUAGCCCUUGAAGGAUCGGGUACUCAACAGAAGAAUGACAUUCUCCAGGCUAGUUACACGCUUGUCGAUAUCACAUUCGCACAGGCAUUUUCAGCUCCUGGUCUCGUUCUCACACAACAGCCAUCGCUCACACUUCAGCUCACUAAAGUGAUUAAUCGCACUUAUCCACUUACUAAAGACGGCCAGACACAAUUGAGUGGUAUUUGGAUGCCUUACGUUUCGACCGAUAUCAAUCAGAUCUUUGUUAAUGAAAAUCAGUAUAUAUAUGCCAUAAGUUCGAAUACAAUACUUUCUCUCGUCAUAAGUGAGACACCAUAUUACGUAUUAAACACGCAACGACCGAUCGUCGAAGAGGCCGAACUUAUCUUCACGAACAUUCUAUUCACCAUUCUAUGCAUGGAGGUUUUCGGUUUGAUGUUCCUCAUUUUCAAAGUUAUAAUUGCCCCACUUUUCGGAUGUUUCCAUAAUUAUUAUCAACGACAAAGUACGACAGAAAACUCACUGGCAAACAACUUCGAUUUGCCACAAGUAUCUCUUUGUCGCUUUUAA